AUGGCGGACUCACCAGGCCCGCCAUACCCUCCAUCAAUCGCCCAAGUCGGCGGCAUCCCUUCCAUCCUCCCCGACAUACCCAUAGCAUCCUGCUUCUUAGCCCUCUUUGUUGCAUCCGCCGCAACGCACAUGACUGUUUUCCAGCGCAACCGCCGCCGUGGCCAUAAGUUCGUCUUCUCGACGCUAUGCUUUGGCUUCAGCAUAACUCGGAUCACUGCUCUCGUCAUGCGCAUCGUCUGGGCCACCCGGGCCACAAACACCAGAAUCGGCCUCGCCUCAUCAAUUUUGACCCAGGUUGGAGUUGUGAUGAUCUAUGUCAUCAACCUGUUCCUCGCCCAGCGAGUGAACCGCGCUUAUCACCCAGCAUUUGGAGAUAAGGCGUUCGUUCAUCUGUUUUUUCGGUCUUCGGUAUUAUGGGUGAUAAUGAUGAUCAUCAUGCUCAUCGUCGUCACCAUCCACAUAUCUUACACUCUAGAUAACCAAGCACGGGAAAUCGACCACGCCAUCCAGCUCUUCGCAGGUACCGUACUCGCUAUUCUGGCCUUUCUCCCCGCGCCGAUCGUCUUCUUCUCCGCUGGACUGUUCAGCCAACGCGUGAAGAAGUUUGGCUCGGGUCGUCUGCGCGUGAAAGUCCGCUUACUUCUUUUAACCUCGUUGCUAUUAACGCUUGGGGCUGGUUUUCGCGUUGGUGCUAACUACGCCGCGCCUGCUGCUGAAAACCCGGAGUGGUUCGAUAACAAGGCUUGUUAUUAUGUGCUUAACUUUGGAAUCGACAUUGUGGUUUCUUUCACAUAUGCGUUAAUACGUUUUGAUAGGCGAUUUUACGUGCCUGAUCGGGUGAGACAGGAUGGUGGGAGGAGUAGAAGUCGAGGACGCAGGUCGCCUCAGAGCGUCUAUAAUUGUCGAGAUGACAACGAUGACAAAGAGGAGGAAGCAGAUCAAAAGUCACAGCAUCAUCCAUUCCCUUGGAAGCAGUUAUUGAAUGCGCCGGAUCGGAGACAUGCCAGUGGUCCAUAUGGUCAGCUAUUCUGCGUGUCUGAAAUUGACUGUGACCAGCGAUAA